UAAAUAAUUAUACUUGUCACAUUGAUUAGUCGAAAAUGGCUGGACAUUUAUUCCCGAAAGCCUUCAAAACCCUCCUAAAACCGCCAGUUUGGAGAAAUAUAAUCCAGAAAGCACUCAUUUCCGACCACGAAAGGAACAUGAUAGGUAAACGCGAGAUUGUGGGCUAUGGAUGGAACGGACAACCGGUCUACUCGGACAGGUUUCUUUUUCCCUUCCCCGCCAUACGCUGGAAAGAGCCCACCUGUGAAAUCCUGGCCCUAAGGGAGAAAGAAAAGGGCGACUGGAACAAUUUGACCUGCGAGGAGAAAAAAGCCCUUUACAGAGCCUCGUUUUGCCAGACUUUUUCCGAAAUCGAUGUGAUGGACCAAGGUGAAUGGAAGGCCGUGCUUUCCCUUAUCCUUUGGUGCUUCACGAUCGGUAUUUGGAUGUUUUUUUGGUGCAAGAUGACGAUCUAUAACGUGCCCCAUCCAAUAACUUACGACAAGGAACACAGGGAAGCGCAGUUUAGGAGGAUACUGGAUCUGAGAGUGAAUCCAAUCCUCGGUAUUUCUUCGAAGUGGGAUUACGAGAACGAUUGCUGGAAGAAGUAGAUUAGAUGGAAUAUUGUGUCUAGUUUGUAUUGAUAAAUGAUUUUCUUGGCGAAUAAAAAAUAAAUAAUGUUUUGUAUAA